AUGGCUGCCUGGCGGACUGUGUUAGUUUGUGUGCUGCUCGCAGUGAGCCUGCAGGGGGCGCACUGCCAGGAUGUGCGGGUGAAACUCUGUGGGCGCGAGUUCAUCCGCAUGGUGGUCACUUCCUGUGGGAGCUCUCGCCUAAGGCGCUCCGCUGCAGAGAUUGGCCAUCCCCAUGGCAACCAGUCCUACCCUGAUGCCAACGGCCAGGUCCCUCUUCAGGGGGAUCACCCACCCAUUGAUGAUCCCACCGGCCCGAGGGCAAAGGUCACAGGAGGUCCUCCCGCCAUUGAGUUGUGGCGAAGCCGCCGCAGUGCAGGCCCUGCUGGGGUGUGCUGCAGAUCGGGCUGUACAUUGAGCGAGCUGGUGCAGUACUGCUGA